UGUGUAUAAGUUUUGAUGCCUAUUCUUUUAUAUAACAACUAUGAACAGCUGGAGAUUAAAGAAAAGCAAGCAAAAGGGGAAUUUACUCCACAUCGGAACCAAGAUGCCUUAUCCGAGGCUCUUGGGAAGUCAGAUCAUUUGGGCCGGGCACGUGGAUUUGGAGGGGUGAAUGUCGGGGUCAAAAGGGCGUUUGGAAAGGCAACAUCAAAGCCUAAGUCUGAUCAUGAGACAAUAAAAGCACAACUUCGGGAGGAACUUCGGGAGGAAAUGAGAGAAGAGUUAAAGGCUAGCAUGAAGGCCAAUCUCCCUUCCAUUUUAGAAUCUAUGGGUUUAAGUACCACAUUGCCUUCAACAACUCCUUCGAACCACUCUCAACGUUCACCACCCAGGCAAAUUGAGCUACCCCAUGAGAAGGCUCUGCCAUCUGAGUUGGAGGAGGUUCUGCCGCCCUUCGAGGUAGAAACUACAUGCCAACUUCUACUUAAAGACCCGGAAUCUGGAGCAAUGUAUGAUGUGGCGAGUGCUACCGCAUAUCCACCUCGUGAGAAUGAAGUUUGUCACACUGUAUCGUUACUUCCCGGUCAUUUGAAGGUGAAAAUUCAGAAAGUGCCAGAUGAAUUCUUGGGCUUGCCACUUCCUGUUCCUGUUCCGGCGUUCGAAAUUGAGGCAAUGGAGAAUGCUAUUGGUACAUAUGUGCAAUGGCCUACUACAUUAAUUAGGUUUUCAGUUGAGGCGACACCGAAAGUUAAGAAGUUGAAGCGGAUGUCGCCAGAGAUGAUUUUUAGCAAUGAACUAGCCUCUGGCUUGUCGGCUUCUCGAAAAAGCCCGGAUAUUCCCGAUACCAUUGUAGAUUCCCUUAGUCAAGAAUGUGAGUGGUUGCGGACAUUUGUUGCCUCUAUGCCAGAUGGUGAUUCUUUUGAAGUGAUUCUAGAUGGUACCUCGUUCCAUUACAAUGAAAAUGGAAAAAUUCAAGUAGACAAGAAUGAUAUUUCACAGUUCUUAAGAGGAGCAAAGCUAAAUAUAUCCAUUAUUCAAGUUUUCAUGAGAGCACUCCAACAUGAAUUGAACUCAAAUGACAAGGCUUCCAAAGUUGGGUGGCUAUGUCCAGACACUACUUCUGACACCAAAAUAAAAUCAAGCACAGAGGAAGUCAACGCAUACAUUUUCAAAGCAAUGAACGAAUCAGUAAAAUCCAGAAAUGAGUUUGUUCUGGCACCUAUUUUUGAAAACGACCAUUGGAUGCUCCUUGCAAUAUCUGUAAAAAAUUGCACCAUAUAUCACUUCGAUUCCAUUUGCUUGAGUUUAGGUCGAAAGAUAAAGAUGAAGACAAUAGUGAGACAUUUUUUUACAAGGUACAAGAUGUGUGGCAACCGUGUCAACAGGAAAGAGCCUUUAUGGAAAUAUGUGGAGUGCGCUCAACAAAAGGGAGGCCUUGAGUGUGGAUUUUACGUAAUGCGGUACAUGUUUGAUUUAGUCUCUUGCUGCAAUGAUGUUUCAGACUUAGAGAAGGUUUGCACAUCAAUGAGUGGAGAUCCUUUCACCGAUGAGCAAAUUGAUGAAAUACGAGACAAAUGGGCAUCAUACUUCACCGAACAUUGUGUGUAAUUAACGCUUCAUCGAUCUCUUUUUGUGGAUGUUUCAUGCUAUUAAAAUCAUAUAUGAUUGCCUUAUUAUAUUUUUGGUGCAAUUUUGUAACGUGUGAAGUGUAAAAGAUAUAUUUAUUAUAGACUUGAAACUAUUUAGUUGGUUUAUUUUGUA